CACGAAUCAUGUGACGGCGCGUUUCUGGGGCACCUGCCUUGGAGCUCUGCCUGAAGUGACAGCGGGGAGAACCGGGCGGCCCUGAAGCCGAGGUAGCUGGCAGCACGGAGCCCGGUGCGCAGGGCUGUGCCCGGGCCGUGGCGUGGAGAUUGAUCCUGCGGGAGGAAGGGGUUCGUCAUGGCGGAUGACCUAAAGCGAUUCCUGUAUAAAAAGUUACCAAGUGUUGAAGGGCUCCAUGCUAUUGUUGUGUCAGAUAGAGACGGAGUACCUGUUAUUAAAGUGGCCAAUGACAACGCUCCAGAGCAUGCCUUGAGGCCUGGCUUUCUGUCCACUUUUGCCCUGGCGACAGACCAAGGGAGCAAACUGGGACUUUCUAAGAACAAAAGUAUCAUCUGUUACUAUAAUACCUACCAGGUUGUGCAGUUCAAUCGACUGCCUUUGGUGGUGAGUUUCAUAGCCAGCAGCAAUGCCAAUACAGGUCUAAUUGUCAGCCUUGAAAAGGAACUUGCUCCAUUAUUUGAAGAAUUGAUCAAAGUUGUGGAAGUUUCUUAAUUUGACAGUCAUUUUGAUGUGUACCUUAUCUUCGUUGUAACAAUACAAUAUCAAUCCAGCAAUCUUCAAGACUACAAUAACGC